UAUAUUCUAUGUAUGAAACUCUAAAUGUGUUAAAUGAGUUUAAAUGGUUUCCUCCUUUAGUGCACAGUGUUUUGAUGGCGAAAUUCAACUUGCAUAACCAGGAGGUUCACGGUAAUGGGAGGGGUAAAUAAGGACAACAAGCCUGAAAAACUCGUUCCACGCAGCGUACAAUUCAGUCGGCUUCUCUCUCUGCGGCCGGAACGGUGGAUCAGAUCCCUCCUCUCUCACCGAGCCAACGCAGAAACAUUCUUAGCGGCAUUCCUUCACGCCGGUGAUCAUUUUAAAAGUUGUUUUUAUCUGAGCGGUGAGUCACUGUUCAACAGGCGGAGAGUCGGAGCCGAAAGUCCGGGUUUGAGGGAUGGAUGCUGCGGAGGGAGACGCACCGGUGAGCCCGCUGGGGAGGAGCAGCCACACGGCGUUCAUAGACAAUAACACGCUGUAUGUUUGGGGAGGUUACCAGGUAGUUGAUGGAGAAGACGUCAUGUUGCCCAGUGAUGAGAUAUGGCUCUGUGAUUUGGACAGCGGGACGUGGGAGCGGCGGGAGAUCACCGGCAACAUCCCCCCCGCCUUAUCAGGUUUCUGUGGCGCUCAUGUCAACAGCACAUUCUACAUUUUUGGAGGAUGUAGCUCUGUUGGAUACACCAACCAGAUGUUCAGUGUUGACCUCACAGAGCCGUGCUGCUCAUGGAAGGAAGUGACCGACACCAAGGGAACAACACCAUCGCCACGAAACAAACACUCCUGCUGGGUACACAGAGACAGAUUAAUCUACUUUGGUGGGUACGGAUGUAAGACUAUCGGGGAGGUACGAGACAGAUCGUCGUCGAGCUUCUUCAUGGACGAGAUGUCCUGGACAACAAUUGGCGACACAUUGUUUAGGUGCUGGGGCUGGAACAAUGAAGUCCAUGUUUUUGACCCACAUACGGCUACAUGGAGCAUGCCAGAGAUUCAGGGUCCCACUCCGGCCCCCAGAGACAGCCAUGCCAGUGCCCUCCUGGGGAACAAAGGUUACAUCUCCGGCAGUGUGGAGUUGGCAGAGUUGGACCUGUUCUGCUUAGACCUGGAAACCUGGACCUGGAGCCAAUUUAACACCUGCUCGUACUGUUCACCUCUGGGCCGCUCUAUGCACACCAUGACGCCCAUAUCGGAUCACACACUCUUCAUAUACGGAGGUCUCGGCGUAGACGGAAACACUCUCAAUGAUGCCUGGCAGUAUAACACAGUUAAAAAAGAGUGGACCCAGAUAGUACACCCACAUAAGGACAAGCCCAGGGUCUGUCACACGGCGUGCCUGGGAAGCGACGGCGACGUUGUUGUGUUCGGGGGAAGCAGUAAACUCUGCAUCCUCAUGGACUCGGUGGCUCUUCUGAGGACUCCAUCACAACAUCACUGCAGAGAUGUGAUCAUCUUUCAGACCCAGCCAUACUCCCUCUUCAGGUUGUGUGAGGACUUCAUGGGGAAAAACCCAGAGCUGUUUGGGAAGCAGCUGAACUGGCUGCCGUCAAAACUGAGAAACAAAGUGGAUAAGAGAGUGGCCUUUUUCUCUAACAUGAAGCCUGUCCUCACAGAUUGAACAGGACUGUUUUAAGAGCCAUGAGAUUCUGAGCUUAGUCAUUUACAACAGAACUAUUCACUUUUUUGUGUUGAAUAUGUUUCUGUGUUCAUAAUGAUUUAAAAAAAAAAAACAUGGUGCUAAAGUUUCAUUGUUUUAACUUAAGGAAGUAUAAUUUGUAAAUAAAGUAUUUGUUACUGUCUUAUUUUAAACAACAAAAAUUAAUGAGGUAAAGUUUUACUCCAUGUAGUGUUUUGUUGAUCUGUUUUUUGAAUAAAGGUAUUGAUAUUGUA